AUACCUAUAUUGAUUAUCAUUUUACUGAUUUUGCUAGAUUGAAACUUGUCUGCAUCACAUGUGAUUAAUAAAGUGUUACUCAUGCUGCCAAUUUUCACGAAAAUAGUUUAUAUUUUAUUAUUGAAUUGUUGUGUAGUAUUCGGCAUCGAAAAAGAUAAAAAAUGUCUUGACGGGGUUUGUACAUUUAUAUCACAGUGCCCUGUAGCUUUGGAGAAUUUACAAAACGGUAUUUUCCCGAUAAUAUGUGGAUUUGAAGAUGCAUAUUCAGAACCAACGAUCUGUUGCCAAAAGCUGCAAGUUGAAACAUCCACUGAACUUUUACGAAGCCCGGAACAAGUUACUCAACCUAAUGAUAAGGUAGUUUUUCUCAAAGAAAAAACUGAGCUGACGAUUUCAAAAAAAAAAUGCAAGGAGUACGCUCUGCAAUCAUGUGAAGGAGUAUUACAAGUAACGAGUGAUGAAAUCGAAAACAUUGAUCAACGAUUUCCUCAUACGGCAUUAAUUGGCUAUGGAGAAUACUCAAAUAUACAAUGGAAAUGCAGCGGAUCUCUUAUCAGCGAAUUUUAUGUAAUAACUGCAGCUCGUUGCGAGUACACACCAAACGGGUAUGCUCAGUGGGUACGAUUGGGAACAAGCACAUCGUCGGAAACUUCAAACUACACUCAUAAUGAAAUUGUAGAACGUAUUAUUCAUCCAAAAUAUGUACACCCCUAUUUUCAAAAUGACAUUGCAUUAUUCAAACUUAAAGAAAAAGUAGAAUUCAACGCCUACGUCCAUCCGAUUUGUUUAUUCGACGAAACUGAAAUUAAACACGAUAAAUUACUAAGCGUCGGAUUCAGUAUAGAUAGAUGCGUAGACUCAGCGUGCCAUAUUCAAACUUCGAACGAUUUUCAAAUUGAUACACAGUUGGCAACAAAUGCUCAAAUCGAAGAUCUUUACAAUUGCAGAAAUAUUUUUCACAACGCCAAAGAAUCAUUCAACGGAUUAUUGGAUCAAAAAUCGAGUAUUUGUACCAGGCUCACAUUACCUCAACUUGAAACAUGCCAGGGCGUUGUUGGAGAUCCAUUACUUCGUGAAAUAAAAACUGGCUGUCCAUCAUUUUACGAACUUAUAGGAGUUUUAUCAUUAGUAAAUCAUGUAUCAAAUGGAAUUUCUUGCUACUACCUCAACACAACGAUGAUCAAUACAAAAGUAUCACAUUUCCUUCCAUGGAUUGAAAAAAUAGUCUGGAAGUAUAAUUAUUAAAUCAUUCAAAAAUGAAAUUGAUACUGUUCAAUUGUGUAUAAUUCGACGGGUUAAAAAAUUAAACAAAGCGAAAACAAUACAGGAAAACGCAUUACGGUUAAA